GGCUGUAGCACAGAGAUAAACAAAUUGUUAUUGCUGUUAUUGGGUUGCGCUGUACAAGGUGAUCAACGUGAAAAAUUCAUCGAACGUAUCAAGUGUAUGCAAACUGAUCUUCAAACCGCUAUUGUACAGCAGAUUCAACGGGUGACUGAAGACGGUGAAUUCAUAUUGAACAUAGACGAUCUGGAGGUGGAUCGGGGAAACGAGCAAAGUGUGUCCAUGCUGGCACACUUGGAGCGUGUUAUCAAGGAACGUGACACGUAUGCGAAUUGUCUGCUGGAAAUGGCUCAUGAACAUGUCAGUCAGUCCAUUAACGAACGAUUACAAGCGUUCAUCCAUACGCUAAUAUCUUAUUAUUCUGGCAUCACUUCUGCCAACACUAUCCCAUCUUCUUGA